AUGGCUCUGAUCUUCAUCAACCUGCUCAUGCUAGGAAUUGAGGUGGAAAUCUCUGCAUCAUUGGGAACAAAUGACAUACCCCAAUGGUUUGAGAUCGUCAACCUGGUGAUUGUAGUCAUAUUUGUUCUGGAAAUCACAUUAAAGUUCUUCGCGUUUGGGUGCCGGAAAUUCUUCGUGGGUCCUGAUGGACAAUGGAACAUGUUCGAUCUAGUCAUUAUCCUAUUGUCUGUCCUGGAGACGGCCCUGGACGGAUGGGCCGCAUCACAAUCUGCAUCACAGGUAGAGUUGAGCCACCUCCGUGUCAUGCGCUUCAUGCGCUUGGCUCGGACGUUGCGUGGAAUCCGAGUCAUUCGACUGCUCCGCUAUGUCGGCGCCUUGCGAACUCUUGUGUUCUCCAUCCUGAACACAAUGAAGUCACUGUUGUGGACGCUGAUCCUUCUUUGCUUGUUAUUUUAUUCUUUCGGCGUGGUGUUGACCCAGCUUGUUCAAGAUCAAUGCCGGUACGAAGCGAUUGCAGCUACCGGAAACACCAAUGCAGUGCCCCAUUGCGAAGAUGGUGUGCUUCAUAAGUAUUGGUCGAGCAUCUUCGAAAGUAUGUUGACGUUGUUUAUGGCCAUAUCAGGUGGUUUGAGCUGGGGUGAAGCAUUGGAUCCGUUGAAAAGCUUUUCACUGAUUGCAGUGGCCUGCAUGGUGUUCUAUGUGUUAAUCGCAGUAUUUGCAGUUAUGAACGUGGUUACUGGUGUUUUCUGUAACACAGCUAUCGAGAGUGCGAACUCCGACCGCGACAUCAGAGCCAUUGAGCAGUUGAACAAGCAGACGACUUUGGUCAAAUCUUUGAAAGAGCUCUUCCAAGAGAUUGACCAUGACAAUUCGAACAUGGUCAGCAUUGACGAGUUCAGGACAGCUGUGAACACCCCCAAAAUGUCUAGCUUUCUCGAAUCGAUGGGAAUAUCAACUCAAGAUGUGUGGACAUUAUUUACCAUCAUUGAUGCAGAUUCAAGCGGGCUGAUUGAUCUGGAUGAGUUCGUUGGAGGAUGCAUGGAGUUGCACGGGCCAGCAAAGAGCUUCCAGAUGUCGAAGAUGAGCUAUGAGAACAAGAUUACACGGCAGGCAAUCAAGAAGCUUGUUAAAGAGACCUCAGACGUGAAGAACCAACUCGUGUUUGCUGUCCGGGCCCUUGAGGUAGCAGGCCGUAAAAUGUGA